GCUGGCUGGGGGUACGGCGGCGAGGCUUGGGUUUGUAGGGUCGUAGGGUCGUUGGGUUGGGUUUGUCGGGGGAGAAGAGAGUAGGAAGAUAACUGGGGGGGGGGAGGGGGAGGACGGGGAGAGCAAGGGUGAGGUCCCGUUAGCAAAGAGGACUGGACUGGGAGUCUGAAUCUGGAUGUCGUUUCCGAAGAGAUGCAGAAAAUCAGUUCAAUGGCAAUGUUAUGCAUGCCCCUCCACAAAAAUGUCCAGAUUCAGGCGUCGAAUCCACUCCUCUUUGGUCGAGAGGAGGAGGAGGCAGGAAAGGUGAGGCAGGUAGUGGCGUACACUUGGUCAUCCCUGGCCGGCAUUGGCAGUGCAGAUCAAAGUAGUAUGGACAGCGGGGACGGUGCCAGGGUGCGGGGAGAAGUUGGAGAACUAGGAGGGAGGGGAGGAGGAGGAGAGUGUUAUCGACCGGUGGUGGGGGCAGGAUGUGAAGAUGAGGUAGGGGGAGCAGGUGAGGUUGACAGAGGGGGGGCAGGCUGCAAUUGGGAAGGGUUGCGGUCGGGGGUGAGGUGGGCAGGGUGGUGGGCACCGUCCAGUGGUGCAGGGGGAGCAAGUGGGGCUGACAAAGAGGGAGCAGGCGGCGGCUGGGAAGGGUUGCUGUCGGGGGCGAAGUGGGCAGGGUGCUGGGCACAGUCCACUGAUGAGAUGAGAACAAAAUUAGUAGUUCAAGGUCGACCCGACAGUCGACGGCAAGCGGGACGACCCGGUGUGGCAUUUUGUGGCCAGAGGGCGUUAUUUGGAUGGGUCGACGGCGGCGGGCAGGAAGAGCGGUCGUCGAUGCCUGUGCAGAUCAGCAAGAUUCUGCGACGUUACGAGGAAAUGAUUGCAUCUUGUUUAUCCGCAUGUCGUGACAUUGAUCGGGAGCAGCAGGACGCUAUUGUGGAGGUGUUCCACAGGCAGCGCACCACGUUCAAGACCCCCGCCCACACGGCAGCCAUGCUGCUAGAUCCAGAGUUCCGGGACGCGACGCUUUGUGACGAUGCGGAGGUGCAGCAGUCCUUGGUCGAGGCCCUUGUCCAGUUCGGCUACCCGGAGGAUUCGCCGCAGCACCGGGAGGUCCAACGAGCGGUCGCCAAGCUCCACACGAGGGAGCCCCCUUUCGAUGAGCUCACCAUGUGGCGAGCUGCGGAUAUCUUUGAUCACCCUGCCAAUUUUUGGUCCUCAAAGAAGGCGAAGUUCCCUCACACGGCCGUGUUUGCARGCAGGAUCCUUCGUAUAUGGGCGACCGCCUCACCGUGCGAGAGAGCGUGGUCUCGUUGGAGCUUCACUCAUUCGAAGUCUCGCAACAGGUUGGAGGUUCCCCGGGCUGAGAAGCUUGUGCGGUGCCAUUGGAACCUCAGGCUACUCGAUCGACCUUCGUUGUGCGACGAUGGUGUUGGAGAGAGGCCCGGCGUCUUCAGAAAAUGGGUGCAUUAUUGGCAGGCCAUGGAGGACGAGGCAGCCGUGGACCAGCAGCUCGUCAGAGGUACCGGUGUUCUGACGAAGGUGACCGAGGAGGAGUUGAGCCUCGCCAGAGAGAGGAUGCGCGCCAUUUUCCGCAUGGAAGCCGAGCGUCGGGUGGCGGAGUCGGAUAGGAGGCGACGCAGGGCUGGUGGUCGGGGACGUGGCGGUUGUGGACGAGCAGGUGUCGGAGGACGUACACGUGGCGAUGCGGGUUCUGCUCCUCGGACUCGGCGACAGCGGACGGAUGGUGGCAUUCGCAGGGCCCGCAUGCGUUGGGACGAGGGUGAUUUCUUGUUCGACAGCACAUCCAGCGACGAUGAUGAUUUCUUUGCCGGGUGCCGUGGCGAUAGGGUUGACAAGCGUGUGGACGGCGAUUUUAUGCCCCGUGGUCGCUACGUUUUGAAGCGGUUGAGACACGGGGGUAGGCGGGAUGACAGUAUUGCGUCUCGUGUACACAGACGUCGUGUCCACAUUGCGAUCGACACGGGGGCACGUUACAUGCGGCAGGACCCAGUUGCCGUGUCAGAGGACGAGAUGGGAGAUCCUUCCAACGAGACGCAGCGCGACCCGGUUCAUGCAGAGGAGCUAGCCUCGAACACUGAUGUGAUAGUGACGGAGGAGGAUAYAGGGUUCAGGAUCACUCAUCCCCGGUCGCCAGCGCCGGUUGUUGGCACAGAGGAGGAGACGGAGUUCGGAGGACCCGGUCCACUCUGCCAGGCGCAGACUCGGUGCACUCCAGCAGGCGCCCCAGUCCACUCCACACGAGCGGGUUUGGAGGACGGCGAGGCACGACGUGAGCCGCCUCCUUACACGAGUGACGGCGGUCUAGAGGAGGGAGAGGUUGCACCCACUCCCACUUGUGGAAAGGACGGGGAGGACGAACGUCCUCCGACGGACCACCACGUUGGCCUCGACUGCCCGCCCGACAGUCUUCCGCCCACCGACGAGCUAUUCACCAUGGAUUCCGCCUUGGCAUCUCUGCCCGAUAUAUCGCUACUGAUAUCUCCCACUUUGCCGGUUGUGGCACCACCGGAGCCUGCUAGACGAGAUGACGCGCGUCGUGACAGAGGGUUCGACGAGUUCGGCGGCGACACGAUACUGCAUCCUCCAGAGUCCGGCMCUCCCGCCAUUUUUCAUGUCGGUGCACCGUGGGCGGUGGAGCAGGGGUUGGCGGAGGAGGURGCACGRAACCGUCGUGGUGGACCGCACGUCGCAGCUCAACGUAGUCUGGAAGGUUCACUAAAGGCAGCGUCUGGAGAUUUUUUGGCGCAGGGGGGUCAUGGUUCGCAGCUGUUAUCGGACRGCRUGUCAUCAGUCCAUCCACCAGAGGAGGGCCCGCAGMAAGAGCCACAUCGAGGGUCAGCGGAGACUUUAGAGGCGAGGCCUCCCGGAGUUAUCCGCUCGGACGGAGGCGAGGGCGUGAGCGAGGAUACAGCGCAGCCAGGGAGCGCAAAUGGUGGACGGUCCUUCAGGGGGGGCAUCGAGCGCAGAGGGGACGGGACCAAACAGAUGCCAGCUGCCGCAGAUGGACAAGGGGGGGCGGAGGGAGGUGACAGAGUGGACGAAGCAGGUCGAGGUUUUAUAGUUGCGACAGGGGAGAUAGAAGGGGGAGAAGGCGACAGGAAAGGGGUCGUGCGCAAGAAGCUGCUGUCAUUGGCCUUACUCUCGGCACUUGCAAUUACUUUUCUACAGCUCGAAGCGGAAGCCUGGUCGAUGGCUCGUUUGUUGCUGGACUGGUCUCUGUUUGCUUGUGCAGGCUUGCUUUCCAAGGCAUUUGUCAUUCUUGUUCUCUUGCUCUGGAAGCCCGUUGCUUUAGUGUACUCUAUAUUACACUCGGUUUGUUCGUCGGUUGUUGGCAUUGUCGCUCAUCGACCAUCGCUUAUCACCAUUUUUGACUCAACCCUUUCGUCCGUCUGGAGUUUGUGUACGGUAGGCCCCCUGUCGCUUUACGUUCUGUACGUGGUCUACAUACUAGUGCACUGUAUGGACGACCUGUGGUCGCAUGACUCUAUCUCAUUGCUAGGCCUGCUAUUUUACGUCUGUCUGCUUCCGCUUUUCCGUUUCUGGAUCUUGCUACACCAGCUGUUCUUUUGACACUUGUGCAGUACAAACAAUACUUUUUAUAAUACUUCAUAUAUCAUUGACCAAAAAAAAAAAAAAAAAAAAAAAAAAAAGCUUGUAUCACACAGCCUUUCGUACUUUAUUUUUCACUGCGCAUCUACAACAGACCCCUUUUUUUAUUUCAGAGGGAGGGAUUUUAGGUCGUUGCACGCCAAACAUGAUUUGCUGGGGGGGGCACGGCCGCCUAGAAAGAAGUCUUAUUGUUAGUCUGCGAAGUCGUGCGGACAGACAGACUUUUAUUUUUUGACGGACGGACAUUUGAAACGGUAUCGAUCCAUUUAUGUAAUGGUGUAUAUAAUAUGGCUAUAAGUGCCACAAAUGAC